AUUGAAAAACAAAAGCUAGGGUUUUAGAGUGCGGGAAGAGAACGGGAGAGUCGGGGGCAAGAGCAAAGCAGGUGAGCAGAGCAGAGCAGAAGAGAAAGAAAGAGGGGAGAGGAAUAAGUGUAGAAGAAGAAGAAGAAGAAGCGAGAGAAAAAUAAGAGGAAGGAAGGAAGGAUGAGCAGUCAGAGGGCGGUGUCGUUUCUGACGAAUAUGGCGAGGACGGCGUUGGGGUUGGGAUUGGGGGCGAGCGUGGUGAAUGCAUCGCUGUACACAGUGGACGGAGGCGAGAGAGCGGUGCUGUUCGAUAGGUUCGCGGGAGUGAAGGAGGAGAGUGUGGGGGAGGGCACGCACUUUCUGGUGCCAUGGCUGCAGCGCCCCUAUAUCUUCGAUAUCCGCACCCGCCCACACACCUUCUCUUCCAUUUCGGGCACCAAGGAUCUUCAGAUGGUGCAUCUCACGCUUAGAGUUCUCUCACGCCCCGAGGAGGAGCAUCUGCCGCGCAUAUUCCAGAUGCUUGGCCUCGAGUAUGACGAGAAGGUGCUGCCUUCCAUUGGUAACGAGGUGCUCAAGGCGGUAGUGGCGCAGUUCAAUGCCGAUCAGCUGCUUACAGAGCGGCCCCGCGUCUCGGCCCUUGUCAGGGACAGCCUGGUGCGCCGGGCCCGGGACUUUAACAUCGUGCUGGAUGAUGUGGCUAUCACUCACCUUUCUUAUGGAGCUGAGUUCUCCAAGGCGGUGGAGCAGAAGCAGGUGGCGCAGCAGGAGGCGGAGCGCUCCAAGUUCGUGGUGGCCAAGGCCGAGCAGGAGCGGAGGGCCGCCAUCAUUCGUGCCGAGGGCGAGAGUGAUGCUGCCAAGCUCAUCUCUGAUGCCACCGCCAGUGCUGGUACGGGCCUCAUUGAGCUCCGUCGAAUCGAAGCUUCGCGAGAGAUCGCCAACACUCUUUCUAAGAGCCCCAAUGUUGUCUAUCUUCCAGGUGGGAACAACAUGUUGCUUGGUCUGAAUCCAACCUCUUUCUCCAACGCCCGCUGAUGCUACUCUUUAUCUUGAUUUACUACACCUCUUUCAUUUUUGCUCUCGCUUUAUCAGGCUAUGAUUCUGGGAUUCCUUGAUCAAACAUAUUAUUGCAAUACAUCCUUGGAAUGUGUCGUUUGGUAUUACUCUCGUGUAAUGUUGCGCUUUUUAACAAGUUUCAAAAUUUUGGCCACUUUUUAAUUUUUCGUGAAGAUACUUAAGGUGCAGACCAGAGAUAAUUUUUGAGUAGCCCAUGAUUUAAUCAUGUUUAAUUUAAACUGAAGGUGCAGCCUGGAUAUAAUUGUUGGAUGGCCCAUUAAAUAAUCAUGUUCAAUUUGCAUUUUUUUUGCGGUUGGCUGGGAAAAACGCAAAAGCACAGAAAAUUUUGGCCUUGUACGGUAGUAUUUUGCAACAUUGGUGGGCUGUAAUGUUUCAGUCUCUUUUUGAA